GAAUUAAAAAGAGCAUGCAUAUUUGUGUGUGGUUAAACAACACAUUUUUUAAUAAGGGUGUAUAUUCUCCAACUUUACAAGCAUGCAUAUUGCCUACUCGGCUUAAGUUUCGAGUCCUCCGACAAAUUGGAGCUUAUUAUCAGGAUAUCCAUAGUAGACAACAAUGACAAGUUUAUCAUCGGUCGUCACGAGUGAUCACGUAAAUGGGUAAAUGGUUGGUCAAAAGAGUACCGAGUUAUCCUAAUCCGAUUCCGAAACUCGAUCUUGAUUAAUUUAAUAGUAAAAAAAAAUCACAUCUUGCCGUUACAACUUAUGUGUAAAUUACAAUUUUUUUUAGGUGUAAUCGUAUAAAGUGUGCCGGAGAUAACAGUUUCAAAUUUUAUAGCAACGAAACAUGAAAUUUUUCACCAAAAUGUUCGGUGGAGGUGUGUCUGCUCGCUCUUCCCCAAACCUAGGCCAGCCCCAAAUUCACGACUUUCAUCUAACUAUGUCUAAAAGCGAGACAAAAAGACCGGAUGGAAAUGUAGUAAACUCAGAUCCAAUAUGUGAAAAGCUUGUCUUGUGCGUUGAAAGAAAUUAGAAAUGGCAACCUUGUAUGACCUCCCAAAUUAAGAAAAGAGUACGAGGAAGGAUAUCCAUUUUUUCACCAUGGCCGGCUUCCUUGGUAGAGUGUCGACGGUUACCCCAAGAAGUUGUCGAAUUGCUGGCUGUAUUCGUAUGCACCAAUUAACUCUUUGAUCGGUAAAUCCGCAAGAGACCAGAACUUGGAAUAAAGCAAUUACCAACAGCUACAGAACAAGCGGGUAAACACAAGAAAGCGAAACAGUAAAAAAAAAACAAACAAACAGAGCAUUGAUUCAUUUUGGCUAGUAAAAAUAGAGACAUUGAUUUUCCCGUUUUUGAGGUUGUUUGGACUAGGAUUAGGGUUGUUUUUCGAUGGUUUGCAUGUAACGGUUGGAAUUUGGAUCAUACCCAUGGCUCCUUUUCUUAUUUUCUAAUUGCUUCAAACGGAAAUUUGAGAAGCUCUUUUUAAAAUCCCGUACAUUACGUUUAAAGUCGAACGAGAAUGUUUAGUUCAGUUGAUGAAUAAAUAAGCGGUUCGACAGGCAAAAUCUCUUGAAAAAAAUAUGAAAAUGAUAAAUAAAUAGAUGAAACAUUUCGGAUUCUCAAACCAAAUUCGAAACACGGUAAACUGACGAGAAAGUGAAUUAAGGAGUUGGGGUUGAUGAAAAUCGUGAUAAUUUGGCGAUAUCUUGUCAUGGGACGAUAUAUUGAUUCGCCAUGGGCCUUGGGCCCAAUCCCAAAGGCCCUCUUGCAUUCUUCGGCUACGUGUCGGUCGAUCGGCCCGCAAACGUGUGUAGUUAGAGAGCUCCCGUCUCUCAGCAUACUGUCCCUACGAUCUCCCUCUGGCUCGUGACAUCCGACGGCUAUAAGCCGUCCAUGAAGAUCCGAACCCGAAGUGCAGGGUAACCCGGAGAAAGGGAAAACCAGAGAGUGGGAAAUGGGAAUCGCGCACAAAUCAUCGAAUAUCCACCAGUUUUCGGGUCUCUCACAAAUCAACGAACCCAGAAAGGCAGAAUCGGUGAAAGGGGAAAUCGGCCGGAUCGGCGUGUCGGGAAAAAGUUGCAGAGAGCUUGGAAUAUGGGUGGAAGGGGCCGGCGAAGACCGAGCAACGGCGGCAGGAGCGAUCCGAGGAACAACAAGAGUGGUGGUGGUAGCAGUGGGAGGAGAUCCAAUUCGUCUUCUCGGACCAGGAACUCCCUCUUCGUUGAUGGUGGCGCCUUAGAUGAUUGGCAAGAAAGGACCCCUGGAUCGAAUUCGAGGUCUGGUUCCAGACCUAGGAAUCACAAGCGAAACAAGGAGCCCUCAAUCUCUAACAGUGGAAUCCCUCAGUCACCGGGAAAUGCUUUUGGUUUUAGCUAUCCAACUGUUGAGCAACAGGAGGGACAUAAUACGGGCAAUACCUUCGAUGCAACACAUCCUAUUGUGUUGUUUAACUCCAACAAGACCCAGAUUGUUGCUUAUUUAGAUGAAACACCUUCUUCAGAGCCCCAGACUGAGAAUGCCUCAUAUGAUUAUGGUUCCAGUUUUAGUUUCACUGAUGGUUUGCAUAGAGGUCUUGGGUUCCAUGAUGAGUCAGAAGAAACUCCUGGUGGUGUCGGGUCAUCAUCGAAGGAAACAGUAGGCAAAGAACAAGAAGGAUCACCUUUUGAUUCAUCACCCUCCGACUUAGAAAUGAAUGCUAACACAGAUACCGAAGAUCCCGUUGAAUCACACUCUAAGGGGGAAAAUCCAGCAUUUUUGUCAGUUGCAGGAAUGAGAUUGUACACCCAGGAUAUCUCCGAUGAGGAAGGUGAUGAAGAAGCGGAUGCUUUCCAGUCAUGUGAUGAUGAAAGCUCUGAAUCUGAACAAGAGCAAUCAGAAUUGUCUGAAAGUGAUGAUUCCGAGGAGAACAGCUCGGACAGUGACCUGGAUAUUGAUGAUGAGGUGGCACAGGAUUACUUGGAAGGAAUUGGUGGCAGUCGCAGUGUUGUGGACACGAAAUGGUUGGUGGAAAAUGAUUUGGAUGAUUCAGAAGAAGAUGAUAGCUCUUCUUCUAGUGGAGGAUUUAAUGCCACUGUGGAAAAGUUGGGUGGGAUUGCCCUUCAAGAAGCUUCAAUGGGAUAUGGUAAGAUGACACCACAGUCGAGGAAAAAGAUUCCUACUAGUGGUAGAGGCUCAUGGUCGUCCGGCUUGGAUGACAUCAUGUUUGUGAAAGAUCCCAGGACUCGGUCUGUUAAGAAGAAGCAUGUUACGCAACUGCCUCAGUCCUGGCCAGCUACUCAGAAGAGUAAACGCUUCAGAAACUACCCAGGUGAAAAGAAGAAACAUCGUAAAGAAAUGAUUGCUGUGAAACGCCGUGACAGAAUGCUGAACCGAGGGGUUGACUUGGAACAAAUCAAUACGAAAUUGGAGCAGAUAGUGUUGAAUCAAGUGGAUAUAUUUUCCUUCCCGCCUAUGCAUUCGAAGGAUUGUUCACAGGUAAAACGGUUAGCAUCAAUUUACCGCCUUCGUAGUGGUUCCCAGGGUUCUGGCAAGAAAAGCUUUGUCACAGUAAUGCGAACUCAGUAUACAUCCAUGCCAUUGGCGAAUGAUCGAGUCCGCCUUGAGAAGCUGAUAGGUGCUGGGAAUGAAGAUGAAGAUUUUGCCGUCAUUGAAGGGAAGUCUGCAGCUGGUGCAGAUAGGAGAAUAUUCAAGAACAAAACCACUCCAGAUCUUCAGGGAAGCCGAACCAAAUCAUCCAGAAAGUCAACUAAGAAGGCUGGUACGAACGGGGCUUAUGCUAGUCAACCCGUGUCAUUCAUUUCAAGCGGAGUAAUACAAACCGAGGAGGAGAACGCCUCAAACAACACAACAGCCAUGGAUGAGACGGUUGUGGCGGUCACCAGCUCAGCAAAGGUCGGUGCUUUUGAGGUGCACACCAAAGGGUUUGGAUUGAAGAUGCUUGCGAAAAUGGGGUACAUAGAAGGAGAAGGCCUGGGGAAAGAUCGUCAAGGUAUGGCUGCACCAAUUGAAGUGAUUCAAAGACCGAAAUCUCUAGGACUCGGCGUCCAAUUCUCCGACAACGACGUCAACCCCACCAGCAAACCCGAACGUCCAAGUGGAGCCCGACGUCCAGCAACACAUGAGAAGCGUCGUCCUAAGCCACAGAAGAGUCUUGGAGACUUUGAGAAGCAUACCAAAGGGUUUGGAUCGAAGAUUAUGGCUAGAAUGGGGUUUGUCGAAGGAAGUGGCCUGGGGAGAGAUUCUCAGGGCAUGGUUAACCCUUUGGUUGCAGUUAGGCGCCCGAGAGCUCGAGGAUUGGGUGCCGAAGGUUAGAAAAACGAUAGCUUAUAGUAAAUUAUUCUGCCGUAAAACCAAUUUAACUCAAUAACUCGAAUCGAAUCGUGGGUAAUUGUAUGUUUUCUGUUUUUGCAUGACUUCUGGGAACUGCAAAAGGGUAAGAUGAGAUCUGUCCACUCUUCCAGCUUGCUUCAUGUAUGUAAAUAUGUGCAGAGCAUUAGUUUAUGGGGCCUUAAUUGGUGACAUCUCUUCAUCUGGGUUUGUAAAGUGUAAUUUUCAUAUCUUAGAGAUGCAGUUUCUGUAGUAUAUUAUAUCAAUCUUUUCUUAUGGGGAGGAGGCAUGAUCUGAUAUUCCUCCGGUUAAGCUACGUUGGGAAACCGUUUCCUUCAGUAAUUAAUCAUUAAUGUGUGUUGGCAUAUGAAGUUGUAAAACUAAUCUUAUACACUGAUAUAAGAUGUAAUAUUCAUGAGAGUUUCACCAUGUCUAUAUUUGAAGCAGGAUACUUUUCAGUCUGUCGCUCUACUCAUGAGAAAAAAACUUCAGCGUUAUGAUAUUUUAAUGCUAAGAUGUCAAAAGUUAAACAAUGGGCAAUGGUUUAAGAAAGACUCACUUUUUUCUAAAGUACGUAACCAAUUUUGAUGUAAUAUAAAGCAUGUCACUGCUUUCGCAACAAUUAUUGACGGACAAGGAAACAUCAUAACGUUUUUUUUGUAGAAAUCUUGAAAUAUAUUGAGUGAUGAAUUAGAUUCUAAGCCGGUCGCAAAAACUAAACAAAGUGACUGAACACAAACUGAUACUCUAAUAACAAGUUUCUAAAUUGAGAUUACCCACUUAGCAUUGAUUUACUUUCCUUCACAACACAAUUAUUCUUAUCCUCUUGUCCUUAUCAAUGAUCCUCCAGCAAAUUGACAAAACAAGACAUGGUGAGUGUUGCAAAAUAGCAUAAAUAUUGUUUCACAAAUCCUCCCACUACAAGGGUAGAGAACUAGAGAUCUAUUGGGAACUUAUUCUCUCACUAAAAACAAUAUUACAAGUGAAUCACAUUGUUUGUGUCCUUAUUAGGUGGUAUUUCAAUACACAAAAUUUGCUUCUUUCCCUAUCUAUCUUGACUUGUCUUUUCUCUCCCACCAUGAAAACAUGUUAAGGAAGACAUGAUUGGACAAAGAGAAAUCAAUUAGUGUGAAAGAUUGGUCAUCAAUGUCUACAUUAGAUCUAUAGUAAAAUGGUUUGUUUAGAAUUCUUAAUGAUUUGGAUUCUGAAAUACACAUGAACAAGAAACUUGGAAUAGAAAAAUACACUGUAAUUAUAACUUUUAUAUUUUGACACUCAAAUUUAUGUUUACUCGCUUUAUCAAGAAAGCUAUUGUUUGUUUAUGUCACGUGUUAUUUUGUCUUCAUUAUAUUUAAUAGUUUAAAGGUUAGACAAUGUCUACCGUGUCACCAUAUGUACCUCGAUUAUGAAUACAAAAUCCAUAUUCUUUUAAAUCUAUUUAUUAAUCUUUUCAUUUAAUGAUAUUCAGAUACGUAAAUUGUUCUUUUAAUUAUGACUCACUUCUAACGACAGGAUAAAAGUAUAUUUAUAAA